AUGGAACUUGAACUCGGACUUGCUCUUCCCAACCACAACGCGAAUAACAAUGGAUUCAAGACCGGAAACCACAAGGAAUAUAGACCGAAACGGUUGUUUCUCGAAGAUCACAUGACCGCCACCGGAGUUGGGGGUACGACUUUAUCAUUGCUCUCAUGGAGCGGCGUUGCAAAGAUGGAGGACAGCGUCGGCCGCCCUCCAAAGUAUAGGAAACCCCACGAUGAUAGUGGUCACCGAAGAUUGCCACCGACGGACUCGUCGCACUUGAUAGCGACAGAGCAAGUUGAGAGAAAGUCGAUGCACGUGAAGGUGAAGAUGGAGGGUGUCGCCAUUGGGCGAAAAGUCGAUCUUAGGGAUUUCGAUUCCUAUCAUGAUUUGACAAAAACAUUGAUGGAUAUGUUUGCUAAAUAUAGUAAAAUUGAGAGUGGGGAAGAGUACACUUUAUUGUACUUGGACAAAGAGGGAGAUUGGAUGUUAGUUGGAGACUUGGAUUGGGAGUAA